AAAGGGAGAUAGGGUUCAAGGCUUUUGCAGGAUUCCUCGCACUCUUGCUCAAUUCCUCAAUUGCUUGCUUGUUUGCUUGCUCUCAGGAACUGGAGGAGUGCGAUUGAGGUCGGAGAUGGCCGCGUUGCAAGUGAUUACGAGGGCUGUAUCAGUGCGUGGAGGUUUGUCUGUAACGCAAUCGAGAAAGGAGACGGAUAGGGAGAGAAAUUGCUGCCUGCAGGUGAGAAAUGCGUCUCCCGUGAGCUGGUCGAGUGCGUUGUUCGCGUCGCAUGGGCUCUUCGUUCCUGUUUCGAAGGAGAAUUUGAGGUCGAGAGUAUCGUGGAUUGUGGAAGCGGCGUGGACGCGACGGUCGAAGGGGCAACCAGGCAAGAAUAAGAAGUCGUGGAAGCAGCGCACGGAGAAGUAUUUUAAGCCGUUCAUUUUGGACGUGUUUAUCAGCUCGAAGUAUGUGCACGCCAAGGUCAUGCACCGCGUGACGAGCUCGGUGGUGUCCGUAGCGACGACGAAUGCUAAAGACUUGCGGCUUUCUUUGCCUUCUUUGUCAGAUGCCAAUGCUUGUAGGCUGAUUGGGCAGCUUAUUGCUGAGAGGAGCAUAGAGCAGGAUAUUUAUGCCGUGGCUUUCGAUCUUCGCAAAAACGAGAAGUUAGAAGGGAAGCUAGCUAUUGUAAUUGAUUCAGCCAUCGAGCACGGCCUGACUUUGGUGUAAUUUUUCGUCUCCUCACCAUUUCAUUUCCAUUUUUUCCGACUGUGGAUUGUUGAGCCUCUCGCAAUCCCAACUAGGGCGAUGUACCACUCGAUUCUUCGGCGUAUUCAUCUGCCAGCCUACUUGUGGUUCACUCUCUGCUGGGCACCGUUUAGUUUAGAGGAGGGAAGACCAGCGGAGUACUGAACUGGUCUUAAGAUAUCUUAAAAGUUACAAUCUUGACCAACGUCGUGCUGGAGCAAACAAUCAAUGGUGCGCGAGGACGAUCACUGGUGCGUUCAGCCUAUGAUCAAAGACCGUUGUGAAUUGACUAUGUUUUAAGGCACAGUUAGAUUUCUCAAGCUUUUGUGAAAAAAUGUAUUUUCGUAUUCGAAUACCUUACAAUAGUUUUCAUCACAGAAAGUUCGGCUACUUCUUGCAAUGUUUUGAUUGAAGAAAUAGUUGAAAAUAAUAUGCUCAACAAAUUGAUGCAAUUUGUUUCGCUUACAGCUAUGAUUACUUCAAUGCCCCAACUACUCACUUUAAUUAAGGGAUAUUUGAGUAUUUCG